AUAAUGUAUUUUCCCCCACAAACACAUCCAUGCUUGCAGCAUCACGCUUCUCAUCCGUGUUACUAAAGCAAAACAAAAGUGCAAGUGUGAACUCAUUAAUAUGACAGUGUUGAGGAGAUACAUAUGAUCUGUGACUGAGUAAGAAAACGUACAACUUUAUGGAUUUACUGCACAUUGCGACAUUUCGCUGUAGAUUCUUACACCGUUAUCAAGCUGGAGUGACAAGUAAUAGAUGACAAGUAGCAAACAGAGGCAUUCAGGAGAUACAGUGACCAUGGCGAAACUAAGCACAACGUACAAGGAUCAGUUAAGUUCAUGGCUGGGAGGGAAGAAGGACUUCACCCUGUUGUACCAGGCAACCAGAGACGGGUGCAGUGCCCAGGCCUUCCAUCAGAAGUGUGACCACAAGGGAGCGACUGUGUCUGUCUGCUACAACACAGCUGGUUACGUGUUCGGUGGCUACACAUCGGUCAGCUGGUCAAGUGAUGGUUACUGGACAUCAGACCAACAUGCCUUCCUGUUCAAGCUCCAGGCGGCGAAUAGCUUUCAACCACAACAGUAUCCCGUGAAGACGGCCAAUGUACAGAAUACCGUUUAUCAUAAUGCUUCAUAUGGGCCUACCUUUGGAGGAGGACAUGAUCUAUGCCCUUUUACUUCAACAGUUUAUAAACUGAGCAAUUAUUUCCAAGGCAAUGCAAGCAUCAAUCCAAACCACACUUACAACAUGCCAGGGGAAAGUGCAGCCACCUUCACAGGAAACAACUUGCAGUUUACUGACGUGGAGGUGUAUCAAGUUACAGAGUGCGUUGAACCUUUAAAAGAGACAACGUUUGGGAUGCUACAUGAUGUGAAAGCAAAGGUACUGAAGUCUGAACCUGAGAUGAAGUCACCCCCGGGGAAUCAUGUGGACAUUUUGUUACCGUGGAGGAAACUACCUGAGGUGAAACAAAAGGUACUGAAGUCUGAACUUGAGACGUACGCACCCCCGGGGAAGCUGAACCAUGUGAACAUCUUGUUACUGGGGACAGUGGGAGCGGGCAAGACCAGCUACUUUAACACCAUCAACUCUAUAUUCAAAGGGCGGAUAACCUCCGUCGCCCGCAGCGGAAGUGCAGAACACAGCCUAACUACUACAUAUCGCUUGUAUAGAGUAAAGUCGGCCGAGACUGGGCAGCCCUUGAAAGUUUGGCUGUGUGACACCAGGGGACUUGAAGAUGUACGCAACCUUGAUUUGACGGAUCUCAUGGUGAUCAUAGAUGGCCAUCUGCCGGACAGAUUCACGUUCAACCCGUCUGUUCCUGUCCGUCCUGGCGUCCCUGGGUACAAGAAGAACCCAACCCUAGAUGACCGAAUCCACUGUAUUGCGUUUGUGGUAGACAGCACCGCCAUAGAUGUAUUCCCAGACAAAGUACUACAGACGUUCAAGGCAGUUCAGCACAGGGUGAAUGUACAAGGUUUGCCCCAGGUGGUGCUGCUGACCAAGGUGGACAAGGCAUGCGAGGUGGUCAACAAAGACAUGUCACAGCUGUUUCUCAGCGCUGCCAUCAGAGGCCUUGUUGAGAAGACGGCAGAGUUGUUUGGCCUGCCUCGCUCUCACGUAUACCCGGUUAAGAACUAUGAGGACGAGUUGGUCCUUGAUGACAAUGUGACCCUCCCAGCUCUGACCAGCCUCGUCCAGAUGACCAGGUUUGCUGACGACUUCCUCAACGACUGUCAAGACCUUGAUGAUGACUGACCACAACGUCCAAUGUCCAGCACCGUGUAGUAGAACACAAGCGUCUGAAAAUCGGACACAUGUUCUCCAUGUUUAUGAGCAUCAUACAGUGUUUAUUAAUUGAUCAUUUGAUAGGAUGAGGCGUAUUUGUAGGACAUUAAAAGAGCUUCCGAUUUGAAAUUAAGUUUACGUCCUUUUUGCAUAUACUAUUUACUUAUCCUGUACUUUAACCUUAUAUAUGCCAGGUUUUUUUAAAAGACCUGAUUGAUUCCUAAUUUUCGUCCAUGUUUUAUAGUGUUAAUCAAGUAAUUCUGAAUUAUCUUUACAUCUCACAAGACCUGGAAAUUAUAUAAUUCAUAUCGGCAAAUUACACCGCGUUAGAUUUUUCUGUAUAUAACCUUGAUAAACCUCGAACCUACUUUCGAUUAUCAACAGUAAUCUAAUGAGUCAACUUGUAAUCACGUGGUUUCAAUUCUGUUGCGAACUAUACCCAUUCUUCAGUACCAUAGUAGACCGUGAAAUGCUUAUGCAUUUAAAGUAUCUAUGUAAAGACAUCAUAGGGAAACUAAAUCUUGUUUCAAUGAAUAAACCUUCAUCUUAAGAUAUCUAGUCGUGAUUACUUUCACUUUGCAAACAACUAAUGAAUGAUGAAUAAUCUAAAUUGGUGACAGACGGUCAAACUUCACGCAUCAGCUAAUCAAAAUCCCUGCAGGUGUUUUGACUUUCAUAUUUAAAUGCCUUUGAUAUUUUCGUUUAAUACCUGUUAAAACCACGUCGAAGCUCACUUUAUUGAUGUGAUUCUUGUUACUCAUCAGAUAUGUUUAAUACCUUAUAUAAGAUUGUUAGAAGAUUCUGCUUAUUACCUUUAUUUAAUAUGUGCGAUGUAUUUGUGUUAAUUUGUAUAAUCGAUUAAGAUUUGUCUUUAAACUUAAUCUAUUUGACUUGGAACUUAAUGACCGUUACGUCAAAGUUACUCUCUCACCUUAACGCGAUUGGUUUACAUAUAAAUCAGAGGAACAUAAUGUGAACUUGCGUAUCGAAUUGAACUGCUGCAGAGGCGGAUUUUGAAAGUAUCUGGGUUUCUGGUGUAAAUGUAAAUGUCAUUGAAUAUAACGACAUCAUACAUGGUCAUUUGUCUUUCAAAGCUCAUACCUGGUGAUAGGAGACAGAACGACGCCCCCAAAAAGAGGGUGGUGCAAAAACUCUAAUUAUAGUGUCAAUAUCGGGUGUGACCACCAUUUGAUACAGGUGAGACAUCAGCGGUUCAUUGAAGAUACCAGAUGUUUAAAAAUAGCCCGGGGAUGUUGUUCCAAAGAGUUAGUCCAACUGAUCAAGCGUUACAGGCUGGUUCUGGUCCUGUUUAAACUUUAACAAAACUGUUUAAUUAAUACAGAUUGAAACGUUUAGAGAUCUUUACUUUUAUUCUGAACUUUCAAUCACAAUAAAGGCUUACCUUUUGGCCAAAUUCAUUGGACAACAUUUCGGAAGAACAAGCAGGUUUUAUACAAGGCUACUACUAGGUGGACAAAUUUAUACAUUUUUUGUAGAUUUCAGAAAAGCGUUUGGUUCUGUAAACAGGAAUAUAAUGUUGUCAUUGUUCUUUCAAAGAGUGUGAGUAACAAGAUUGUAAAUUAUUAUGCAAAAUGUAUCAAAAUUUAUCAAAUUGAGUCACGUAUAUUAUGAUGUUUUUUACAUGACUGUAACAUUGGUGUACACUAAGGUUGAAUUUUUCCCCCUUUCCUGUUCUGUAUUUCAUCAAUGACAUUGCUGCACAAAUACCGGAUAAUUGUACGGAUGGUACACAGCUGUAUCCAGAUAUUGUUAAGAUAUUUCUGUUGCUUUUCGCCGAUGAUGUAGUUAUGUUCUCUAGCACUAUAAAAGGUUUGCAGCAUUUGAUAGAUCAACGUGAGCUGUAUUGUUCGAAUUGUCAACUCCAAGUAAACACUGUAAAAACAAAAGUGCUGCUUUUUGAAAAGGGAAAUAAACUACCAAGUAGUUAAAAUUGGUACUUCAACUCACAACCAUUACAAAUCGUCACUCCUUAAAUAUCUAGGUUUAUUUGCCACAUCAGUAAUGCAGCAAUGCAGGCAACGAAGAUACAAAUGGGAAUCUUACAUACUAUAAAAAGUUUGACUGAUCUUUCAUAUCAAAUCUUAUAAAUUAUUUGAUACAAAAAUUACUUUAUCAUAGCAUCUUUGUAUGGAGCAGAUGUCUGUGGUCAUCUGAAUACAGAGCUAUUGAUCUAGUCCCUCUGUAUAUUUGUAAACGAUUUCAUGGCGUUAAACACUGUACAUCGAGUGUUAUGCCAUAUGGUGAAUGUGUACAUGGUGCAUAUUUAAAUUGAAUACCGCUACUUUUCAUAACAAAAUUAAUCAGUCUUGUAAUCCUUCUUAUCAAUAUAAAUAACAUUCAUUUACACACGUCUCUUCGAAAGUGAACAUCAACAUAACGAAUUAAAGCUUAUAGGAUUA